UCGGUAGAAGAUGAGUUCGCCAGCAUUGUUCAAUGUGGGUCAUAAUGUAAAAGUUCUUGCCCUGUCCAUAUUGGAGCGAUUAUAACAGUAAUGUACGUUGGUAGUAGUGCUGUCACUCACUUCCACUGAAACUGCAAGCGACAACAUGGAUGAACAGUAUGUAAGAUUCAACUAAUAUUUCACGCAAAACGACAAAUGUGAUGGGUACCGAAGCUAGCAAGAACAGCAAGCAGUAUACAGGCUCGGAGGAGCAGUCACAAAUAUCCAGAUGGCGGGGAUUUCUCUCUGCUUUGGGUAUUUCUCUCCCAGCUGGGCUCUGCCGAAUCAACCCAUUACGAAUAGGAUCACAUAGAAUGAUUUGUGACAAGGAGCCAUCCAUUCCUGAGCACCUGGUCUCCUCACUACCGGGCCCUGAGAAACUCCGUAUGGAAUGGAGUCUGCCAAGUUUUAUCAACAUGUUUCUGCCUGAAUUCCCCCAUCGCAAUGUCCCAGGACAUGAGCAUUUUCAGGUCCUGGGUUACAUAGCGAAAGGAUCUUUUGGUCCCAUUUUAAAGGUUAAGGAUAAGUCGAAGCAAAAGAUUUAUGCAGUUAAGGUUAUUCCAAAAUCGGAGAUUUUGCGCUUGGGAGUUUUGGAGCAGUCUAAGGAGGAAGUAAUAGUCCAGAGCAGGACUGCCAGGAGAAUUCAGCCUGAGCUAUGUGAGAAGGAGCUGAGUCAGGAGUUCUGGCCAAGAGAAGAGCCUGUGGAGUUGGAAUUGUGUGAUUACUGCAGCACAGGGGACUUGUACACGUACUGGGUGAUGAUUGGUCAGUUUGGAGAGGAUGUGGUAAAAGUGUUUGCUGCUGAAUUAGGUUCUGCUCUAGGGUUCCUCCAUGACUGUGCAAUCAUCCAUCGUGAUGUGAAGAUGGAGAAUGUCUUUCUAACAGAUCAGGGCCACCUACGACUAGCUGACUUCGGUUUGUCCCGGCGUCUUGAGCGUGGAGGGAGGGCGUUCACUAUUUGUGGAACAAUCCAAUACAUGGCUCCUGAAGUCCUUAGCGGUGGUCCCUACAAUCCCGCGGCUGAUUGGUGGUCUCUCGGCAUCCUUCUUUUUGCAUUGGCCACUGGAAAGUUUCCUGUGUCUCCAGAGCCGGACCACUGUAGCAUGCUGAGGAGAGUACGCAACGUCCCUUAUGAGAUGCCAAAAAACUUCUCUCCUCCUUUUGCUCUCCUGCUUACAGAGCUUCUUUGUAAGACUCCAGUACGUCGCCUUCGGACACUGGAACGCUUCAAGCGGCAAACCUUUUUCCACGGCACACCGUUUGAUUCCCAUCUGCUCCAAAAGACCCCCAUGGUGCUGAUCCUGGAGCUGAAGAACCGGCCUGACCGCCCUGCCAAAGCCCGUCGAGGACUGACCCUGGAGCCCUUCCCAAACUUUGAUUGCGACUUUCUCGUAACCUCACCAUGCACACCCACUGCUUCAGACCUUUCCCCGACUCUGGCCAACAUGGAGCGGGUAGAAGCGCUUAUGCAAAGCCAUGUACCUCAGGACGAUGCUUCCCAACGAGAAGUGUUUGUUUAA